AUGUUGGUGCUUGAGGUGCAGGAUGUGGCUGAGUCCCGGGAUUGUAUUGUUGUGAACUGUACACAAACUGUUGCGCAGGUUGAGCAGUAUUCUGGUAGACGACAGUGGCUGGAUAAGCACCAGUGGUGGUGUAAAUGGGCUGAGGCGCAGACGCUACGAUCACCGUUUGCGGAUGGACGUGGUGCGCGUGGUGCAUCUCAUGGCCGGACCUAA